AUGUCCUUUCGGGAUGAUCCGAGGAUUGCACUCGGUGCCAACAACGGUGGGGAUCCUGCAGGUGAGGUGGUCAUGUGGAGCUCUGCCGGCUUGAUUGAAGGCACUGAGCCCUUGACAGUGGAGUCAAUGGCCUUGCAGCUUACCCUUGAGCCACGUUCGGACCUCUACCAGUUGGAGUUGAAGGUGUACGACAAGCCGCCGGUGCACUUGGCCUGCAUGCGCAGCCGAGGAAUCCAGGGUGUGUUGCAGCAGCUGAUGCAUCUCCCGCAGCUCGAACUUCCUGGUUGUCCCGAAGAGUUGGCCUUGGUGAUCCGCGCGGAGGGAGAGGUGCACAAGGUUGACAGCUGGGAGAAGCUCCUUCAGAUGCAGCUUGGGACAGACCAGAUUGUUCUGGUGCAGGCGACCGUCCGAAGCAUGGAUGGAAGCUUCUUGGAAACAUUGCUUGUGGAGGAGCAGCUGACGGGGCAUUGCGUCUUGAAGAUGUUCUCCGCCUUCGGGCAAGCCCUGGCCGACGGGAGCUUCAUCAUCCUUCCGCAAGACACCCCGUUGUUCACUUACGGAAGACGGAUUGGGCAGCUCCAUCUCACUGUCGAGCAAAAAAUUCAAGUUGCAUUUCAUGCCGAGCUUGGAGCGGAUCGAGCCAUGGAUCUGCGACUGGCUUCACAAGCAAAGUUGGGACACGUUAUGGCUGGGCUUGAGGAGUUGAUGCGAGGUGAUCGUGCAGAGGACUUUGCCCUUGCAUCGGAUGCACGGGCAAAGCUGCUGUCGAGUUUGUUGUCGUCCUCUGUGGUUCUUCUUUGGGACAGCCAUGGAGCGUGCUGUCAAUUUGUUGAACAGGAGGCUACAAGAAGCGUGCCGAUCCUGGACCUGCUAGACUCCGAGCCCUUUCUCACAGAGAGCCAGACGCAGGGCCGAGAGCACAUCAAGCUAAGACUCGCUCCUCGUAGUUCUUGUGCAGUGAUCCGUGUCGGCGAUGACGGGCCGGAUCAGGACUGCAGGCAGUCCUUAUUUUGGGUGACGCGAGACAGCAGCAUCGAAGCCUUGCGUCAACAGCUCCUCGUGCUGCUGCACAAGACCGGGGUCGGAGAACUUAUUGAUGCUGAUGGCACACACAUAGAUCCUACGGACCCCUUGGACGAGCAAUACGAGAUCGUUGCGGAGGAUCUCGAAUCCCCAAAGGUGGCAUGCUCCUUGAGAUUUGAGGCUUGUCAAAAGCCAGUGGCAUUGAUGCUCCGUGUGAAGACGUCCAGUCCGGAGGAUGACGAGGAGCACAAAAGAACGCUUCGCCUGGCGAGCGAGGACUACCUUGUUGACACAGUCGAUGUCUUGGUCCGUGCGACGAGAUGGGUGUUGGAAUGCGGUCCGGUCUUGGCUGUGACAGAGCUUCAAGCGGCGGAUGUGAUCUGGGACGACUGCGUGGAGGCCUUGCGGGAGACGCAACUCCAGCAGUUGGUCCACGAGAAUGGAGAGAUUUUGCUAAGGCUGCGACUUGCAGGCCAAAGCGACGCGGAGGAGGUGCUGCAGUUCACCCCUUGUUCCGUGGCCGGAUCCUCCAUGAGGCCACCGCUUGAGGAGAAGGCUCUGGGCUCUGGACGGGCCACGGCGGUCCAUGGAACCAACAGCGUGUUCUCCUGGGCGACCGAGGACCGAUAG